AUGCAGUCCAUGCAGAGACAGUUCGGCAAACUCAUGAACAAAGGCCCCGGAGACAAUGCCAAAAUUGCGGCCGUCUUACACGACUACGAAGAUGCAGACAAAUUGCUAGUCAAGAUUAUCGAGAAUACCAAGACUCUCCGUGAAGCAUGGGUCACUAUGGCCACUAGCCAGUGGGCUAUGGUAAAGGAGUACGAGGGCUUGUACGACCCAAUUGUUGGUGCAUCGGAGGGACAUGGCCGCCCCAGCGUCACGACUCCACAGCUGCAGCUCGAUCGCACCUUCAAGCUUAGCGGCGCAUACUCUGACCUCAAGGAUGAACUGACUGAAGAAGUGACGGCCAUCGAUAAGCAGGUCAUUGGCCCUGCUACCGAGGCCCAUGAGUACAUUCAGCCCCUUCGCAAGACUAUCAAGCAGCGGGAGAACAAGAGGUUGGACUAUGAGAAGGCCCAGGAAAAGGUCAAGAAGCUCCAAAAGAAGCCUGGCAAGACGCCCAAGGAAGAUGCUGCCCUAUCAAAGGCUGAGUUCGAGAUGACUUGCGCAUCUGAGAUCACGACUUCCCUUCUCCUCCACCCCCAAUGGACAGCGUAA